AUGCCUUCCGUCAUGGAAAAAUCGGGGAUCCUCUCCAGGAGCCGGGCCAAGUCGGCGACCAACGGCACCCACCCCAACUCCGAGGACGAAAGCAGCGAGGAGGAGCACUCGCACGAUAGCAUGAUCCGUGUGGGAGCAGAUUACCAGGCAGCCAUUCCGGAGUGCAAACCAGAGAGCCCAGCUCGGUACAGCAACAAGGAGCUGAAAGGGAUGCUGGUUUGGUCCCCCAACCACUGUGUUUCUGACGCCAAAUUGGACAAAUACAUCGCCAUGGCCAAGGAAAAGCAUGGCUACAACAUCGAACAGGCUCUGGGGAUGCUCCUGUGGCAUAAACACGACGUGGAGAAGUCGCUGGCCGAUUUAGCCAACUUCACGCCGUUCCCCGAUGAAUGGACGGUGGAGGACAAAGUCCUCUUCGAACAAGCCUUCAGCUUCCACGGCAAAAGUUUUGCUCGCAUCCAGCAGAUGCUUCCUGACAAGUUAAUUCCCAGCCUGGUGAAAUAUUACUACUCUUGGAAAAAGACCAGAAGUCGGACAAGCGUGAUGGAUCGCCAAGCCCGCAAAUUGCUCAGCAGGAAAGAAAAGGAUGACAGCAACGAUGAAUUAGAAGACCCCCGGCAGGCCAGUGAAGGGGAAUUUGAUACCAUGGAUCCCAAGAAGGAGCCUGGUUAUCCGAAGCCCCCCAGCAGCAAACCUGGGCCCAUGAAGAAGGAGGUGCAGCUGCCCCAAUAUCGGCAUCAUCCUCUCCGUGCUCGCCGGCGCCCCCCGAAGGGCAUGUAUCUGAGCCAAGAAGGUAUCACGGGACUUUCCACCAGCCCUGACGUGGCCCUGCUCACCUUGCGCCACCUGGACUCCCAGCUGGUUUCGCUCAAACGCCAGGUGCAGAGCAUCAAGCAGAUCAACAGCAGCAUGAAGCAGGCGCUUGGCGAGGGGAUACACAAACUGCGUCCAACCGAGACUAACAUCAAGUUCAACUCCCGCUGGACGACCGAUGAGCAGCUGCUGGCAGUGCAGGCCAUCCGGAAAUACGGCAAAGACUUCCAAGCCAUCGCCGAAGUGAUCAGCAACAAGACGGUGGCGCAGGUGAAAACCUUCUUCGUCAGCUACCGCCGGCGGUUUAACUUGGAGGAGGUGCUGCAGGAGUGGGAGGCGGAGCAGGAAGGCCUGAGUCCGGGCCCCGCCCACGGCAGCUCUCCCCCCCAGGAGCAGAAGAGCAGCAGCGAGGAAGAGGACGAGGUCCAGAUCACCGCUGUAUCGCGAUCUGUGCAGCCGCCUCCAAGCCAGCCGCCCCAGCCUCCUCCUGCGCUUCCCCCCCUCCCCGCCUCCGCCCGGCCUCCCCCCGUGGCACUCUCCCAGCCUCCCCCUUUGCUGAGGCCCACCCUGCCGACCGCCCCCAUGCUGCACCGCCAGCCGCCCCCCCUGCAGCAAGGCCGCUUCCUGCAGCCCAGACUUUCGGUCAACCAGCUGCCGCCUCCGCUCAUCCGGCCCGCGGGGUCUCGCCAGGCCACGCAGAGGGGAGCCCAGCACCCCCCAACGCUGCUCAGCGGGACGGGCGAGCCGCCCCCUCUGCCUUCCUUGGGGUCCCUCUGA